ACCGUUUCGGUCCCUCCUCAUACAAUCGAAACUGCUAAUAUAGAGUCGUAGAUCCAAUUCAGCCUCGUUUCUGCACUCAGUUUUCUGUUCCCGAAUCCUAAGCGUUUGAUUUUGAUUCUAAUCCUUGUUUUGUCAAAUGGCCACUGAAGAGCCAGUAGCGGCUGUCGACGUCAAUACUGAACCGGAAGCCAGUAAACCUGCUGAGGAAGUACCGGCCACCAAGACCGGUAAGAGCAAGAAAGCUAAGGAACCCAAAGCCAAAAAGCCUGCUCAGCCCAGGAAACGGAGACCGUCAUCCCAUCCUCCAUAUGAAGAGAUGAUCAAGGAUGCCAUUGUGACUUUGAAGGAAAAGACUGGUUCAAGUCAGUAUGCGAUUACUAGGUUCAUUGAAGAGAAGCAGAAGGAGCUGCCUCCAAAUUUCAAGAAGCUGUUGCUAUUCCAUUUGAAGAAACUCGUGUCUGCUGGUAAGCUUGUGAAGGUGAAAGGAUCAUUCAAGCUUCCACCAGCGAGGUCAUCGGCGCCAAAACCAUCUUCUACUGCUCCUCCUGCCAAGGCUAAGAAGAAGUCUGCUACUCCCAAGCCUAAGGCUGCCCCCAAGCCUAAGGCUGCUGCCAAGCCAAAGGCUACUGCCAAGCCAAAGGAAACAAAGUCGACCAAGGCUACCGCUGCUCCAGCCAAGACGAAGGCAGCUGCUAAGCCCAAGGCUAAACCAAAGCUGAAGACGGUUGCUAAGCCUAAGGCUGCUCCUGCCAAGUCUAAGCCUGCAGCAAAGCCUAAGGCUAGUUCGGCUAGACCAAAGCCUAAGGAGAGACCGGCCAAGGCGGCCAGGACAUCGGCGAGGACAAAUCCAGGGAGGAAGCCGGCUGCUCCUAAGGCGGCAACUAAAAAGGCUCCUGUUGCAAAGAAGACGCCGGCUAAGAGCGUGAAGCCAAAGAGCGAAAAGUCGCCGGCAAAGAGGGCUUCAGCUAGAAAGAGUAGGAAGUGAUCGUGACAGCGAGGGGUUUCUUUGAGGUGUAUUUUGAUGUAUGUCAGAUAGACCAAAAAACAAAAAGUAGAAAAACAUCGGAUCUUUUAUUUUUUACUUUUUUUUUUUUUU